GAAAAGAAACAGAGCUAUGUACCCGGAAUCCAAACCCAAAAGUGAACUAGAUUUAAGGAGAUAUUUUGAGGUCCGCUGUUCCCCAAAUUGCCCUCUUUAUCAGGCUCAAUUUCCAAUAAUCACACUUUCAAAUUGGGCAUUCAGGGAAAUAAAUAAAUAAAUAAAUAAAAGAAAAAAACAGCCUCAGUCAUAGCUUGCAUAUGCUAAUGCUGCUGUAGAGUGGUAGCCUAGUCUCAGCAAAAGAAGAGAGAGAAAGAAAUAAAGGAGCACACCAUUUUUUUUAGAGAGAGAAAGUGAGAGUGAGGUCGUCAGACAAUUUUUUUUAGAGAGAGAAAGUCAUGGGGAAAUCAACUGCGUCGUGCUUCAAGAUCAUCAGCUGCGGCAGCGAUUCCGUCGACCACGAUGAUCUCCAAACUCCCGAAAGCAAGGGUUCAGGUGAUCGGCGUGGAUGGAGUUUCCGGAAGAAAUCUCCAAAACAUCGAGUAUUGAGCAACAGUGUUACUUCAGAAGCCCCUUCAUCUGUGAACAAGGAGAACCCAGAAUCUGCUGCUGCAAACGUCCAGGCGCAGCCCGAUUUGACUGUCCCAGAGAAGAAUUCGGUUGUUCAGUGGGCAGACGAGAAGGCUGAGUUGUCUGCUCAAGUGGAGUCUAAGUUGGCAGAAACAAUAGAAACAGUAGCUCCUAGUAAGGAUGACUGUGGAGCAGAUGCAACUUUUGAUGAACCCAGUGUUGUUACCAUCCAGGCUGCGAUCAGGGGUUUGCUGGCUCAACAAGUGCUAUUGAAGCAUAAAAACAUAAUUAAGUUGCAAGCUGCUGUAAGAGGACAUUUGGUUCGAAGGCACGCUGUUGGAACUCUCCGGUGUGUCCAAGCCAUUAUCAAAAUGCAAGCUCUUGUUAGAGAACGCCAAGCCCGUCUUAAUGUAGAAGGGUCGGGUGAUUUUGUGAAGCAGAGUGAGAGCAAUGGAAAAGAUGAUAAGGAUUCUGCUUUCUUGAAUAAGAAAGAAGCCAAACCAAAAGGCCCAUACACUUAUGUUUCCAUUGAUAAGCUACUUAGCAAUGCCUUUGCUCGUCAGCUUAUGGAAUCAACACCAAGGAGCGAACCUAUCAACAUCAAGUGUGAUCCGUCAAAAUCAGACUCAGCUUGGCAAUGGCUUGAAAGAUGGAUGUCAGUUUCCUCCCCGAGCAAUGAAGGGCCAGAGGAAUCUGCAUCAGCUGUAAAACAUUUUGAUGCCAAAGAGGACAUCUUGGUUCCAUCUGAUUGUUAUUCCGAGUCGAGAGACUUCAAAUUUGGUGAAGAUGCAGCAUCGAUCGAAGCAUCAGAGAAUGAUGGCACUUUGAUCGGUCAUUCUGAGUUGCUGCAUGUCAUUGAGCAAUCAAAUUCAAAAUGUGACGUAACAGAAUCUGCUCCCGCUCCCUUUGAAACGAAAGAAGCAGAAUUAGUUGAGGUGGUGGAAGUGAUAUCUCACCCCGAAACGGAGGAAACAGUAAACGAAGUUGAAACUGAACAAGCUGAAACAGAGGUGAGAAAGUUAUCAAGAAAGUUGAGUAAUCCUGCUUUCAUUGCUGCUCAAUCGAAAUUUGAAGAACUGGGAUUGGCUGCCACUUCGACAAAACUACCCACUUCAGCUACUCAUGAUCCUGUAGUUGAAGAAUCUAGUUUGUACAAGGUUUCUUCUUCUACAGACGAACCACUCAUUUCUUCCAAGGAAACCCCGUUAGCUGAAAGUGCAGUUUCCAAUCCUCCACCAGUUCAAAUUGGUGGCUCUGAAUGUGGGACCGAGCUUUCCAUUUCAUCUACCCUCGAUUCACCGGAUAGGUCAGAGGCUGCUAUAGUCUAUGACAUUGAAAAAGAAGCUAAAGUUCCAGAUGAGACUGAGCAUUCUAAAAACGAAGAGAAUUUACAAUUUCAAACCAAUGGAAACUCCAUUGUACUGGAAACUGAUCCAUCGUAUACUAACAUGAACAAAUUGGAAACUUACGAAAGUACUAAUUCAACUUUUGGUGAAUCUCUUGAUUCCAUCACUGCUGCAGACUCACCACAGCUAGAGAAGAAGAAGCCAGAAGCAGAUCCAAUUGAAACAAGCCAUAUAGCUGAAGAAGGAUCUCCAAGAAGCCAUAUAACUGUCCCCGAUUCUCAAGCAACGCCUUCUAGCCAAGUGUCUGUCAAAACCAAGAAAAGCAAAGGUGGGAAAACCGACUCCACUUCCAAACGCAAGAACAGGGCUACUUCUUCAUCGGCCGAUAAAAGCCUUGCGAACUCUGAUCAAGAUUCUGCUUCGAGGAACAGCUUAGAACACUCGCAGGAGCAGAAAACUGCAAAGAGGCGAAACUCAUUUGGUUCGGCGAAACUCGAUAACCGGGAGGAGCCGAGAGAUAGUAGCAGCAGUAAUCCUCUACCGAGUUACAUGCAAGCAACUGAGUCUGCUAGAGCCAAAGCUAUUGCUAAUGGCUCCCCGAGAUCGAGCCCAGAUGUGCACGACAAGGAUAUCUACAUAAAGAAGAGACAUUCGCUACCUGGUUCUAAUGAAAGGCAAGGCUCUCCUCGUAUUCAGCGCUCACUGUCUCAGGCGCAACCGAAUGCCAAGGGAAAUGCUGCUACCAAUUCCCCUCAAGACCGAAAAUGGCGAAGGUGAUACAAAUCUUGUGGAAACAAAGGUGAUGAUAUUUGACAGCGUUCCGGACUUUGGCUGUUUUGCGAAACGUUCUGUUGAUUUGUUGAAGAAAAUGAACAAUCUAUCGGUAUUAUAUUAUUUUUCUGUUGAGAUGGAGAGACAAUGAGAUUGCAUGUAAAUUACCAUAUUCUUAUUUCUUCUGAUCUUUUUUUUUUUCUCUCUCUUAGAUAUCUGAUUGGUUUUUACUCUUUAAGGAGUUUUGAGUGUAUGUUGACUUAUAUUGGCUGGCUAACGUUAUUUGGUUUUGAAUGUGUUCGUUUUGACUCAAACGUUUGAGAGCUUAAUUGCAACUUUUUUCUUCUUA